AUGGCGCGUGUACCAGUCAUUGGAAGAUUGUUCUGGUUUGAGUACCUGGCACUCUUUGCGUCAUUGAUAUUGGUUCUACUGGAGUGGAUCAUACAUAUAAUAGCAUUUUGUCUACCGGACCCGGUAAUCUUGUUCUUCCACGACCGGUCCAAGACAAUUUUCAACCUAUUCAUAAGCCCCGAGAAUGCAGGCAAGCGCAGCAAAGAAGAGCGAAUUGCUACGGCGGUUGCACAAGCAUCGGAUUUUGUGGACAUAUGUUCCUUGUUCGGCUACGCGCCUGAAGAACACAUCGUGCAGACGGGGGAUGGCUAUCUUCUCGGUCUCCAUCGCUUGGCCUACCGGAAGGGCGAAGAGAGCGUGCGCGUCAACAAGGGCAAGGACAGUGUUAAGAAGAAAGUGGUGUAUCUCCACCAUGGGCUCCUCAUGUGCAGUGAGGUCUGGGUGUGUUUGACGGAAGAGCAACGCUGUCUCCCUUUUCAAUUGGUUGAAAAAGGUUAUGACGUGUGGCUGGGAAACAACCGCGGCAAUAAAUAUUCGAAGAAGUCAGUCAGAUUCUCCCCUCUAUCCAACGAAUUCUGGGAUUUUUCGAUCGACCAGUUUGCAUUCCACGAUAUCCCCGAUAGCAUCAACUAUAUCCUUGAGGUGACGGGACAACCGUCCCUGUCGUAUGUUGGAUUCUCUCAGGGAACGGCACAAGCGUUCGCUACCCUCUCCAUCCAUCCGUUACUGAAUGAAAAGAUUAGUGUCUUUGUGGCUCUCGCACCAGCAAUGGCGCCCCGCGGUCUACCAAAUCCUCUCGUCGAUUCACUUAUGAAAGCAUCGCCGAACUUCCUGUUUCUUCUGUUUGGCCGCCGCAGCAUCCUCAGUUCGACGACGAUGUGGCAGACGGUCCUCUAUCCGCCGAUAUUUGUGCGUAUCAUCGAUGCAUCUCUAUCCACGCUCUUCAACUGGAAAUGCAAGAGUAUCAGCCGCUGGCAGAAGAUGGCAGGGUAUCUACAUCUCUUUUCCUUCACCAGCACCAAGUCGGUGGUCCAUUGGUUCCAAAUGAUCCGACACAAGAACUUCCAAUUCUACGACGAUGAAAUCCAGGCGCCCUUCAGCGUGGUGGCCAGUGAACGAUUCUACAAGCCGGUCAAGUACCCCACCAAGAACAUCAGGACGCCGAUUGUGCUGCUCUACGGCGGCAGCGACAGUCUCGUCGAUAUCAACGUAAUGCUGAAGGAGCUACCACGCGCGACCAUGGCCAAGAAAAUCGCCAAAUACGAACACUUAGAUUUCCUGUGGGCGAAAGACGUGGAUCAGCUAGUGUUCCACCAUGUUUUCGAGGCGCUCGAGCUGUACAGCUCGAACAGAGAGCGUGACGACGCAAAGCAGGUGGCGCAGGGUGAUGGCAUUGCGGCCUUAACGGGGUCCAAUAAAAGUGAGAGCUCAGACACUUGUACAUAG